UGAAUAUUUUUUAAAAAGUAUUUUAAGAAAGUAAGGAUCAAGGCUAAAAAAAAAACAAAAAAAACAAAAAAAUUUUGCCUUUUAGUGCCUAGCAGUAGGACAGAUAGAGCACAGCCAGUAUAUAUACCAUGAGAAUUAAUGAUUGAAGCAUCUUACUUAAGUAUAACUAUUCAGUAAUAUUAAUUUGAUAAUUUUUCUUCCAGAUACUGACGAAUAUAGACCUCCUGUUUGGAAAUCUUACUUAUACCAGCUGCAGCAGGAAGCCCCUCACCCACGAAGGAUCACCUGUACUUGUGAGGUAGAAAACAGACCAAAGUAUUACGGAAGAGAGUUUCAUGGCAUGAUCUCUAGAGAAGAGACUGACCAGCUCUUGAGUGUGGCUGAGGGAAGCUACCUCAUCCGGGAGAGCCAGCGGCAGCCGGGAACAUACACUUUGGCUUUAAGAUUUGGAAGUCAAACCAGAAACUUCAGACUGUACUACGAUGGAAAGCACUUUGUUGGGGAGAAACGCUUUGAGUCCAUCCACGAUCUGGUGACUGAUGGCUUGAUUACUCUCUAUAUUGAAACCAAGGCAGCAGAAUACAUUGCCAAGAUGACGAUAAACCCAAUUUAUGAGCACAUAGGAUACACAACCCUAAUCAGAGAGCCAGCAUACAAACAGCACAUGGCAGUCCUGAAAGAAACACAUGAUGAGAAAGAGGCUACAGGCCAGGAUGGGGUGUCAGAGAAAAGGUUGACAUCACUUGUUAGAAGAGCAACUCUGAAAGAAAAUGAACAAAUUCCAAAAUAUGAAAAGGUUCACAAUUUCAAGGUCCAUACGUUCCGAGGGCCACACUGGUGUGAAUACUGUGCCAAUUUCAUGUGGGGCCUCAUUGCUCAGGGAGUAAAAUGUGCAGAUUGUGGGUUGAAUGUUCACAAGCAGUGUUCUAAGAUGGUCCCAAAUGACUGUAAGCCAGACCUGAAGCAUGUGAAGAAGGUGUACAGCUGUGACCUGACAACGCUCGUCAAAGCGCACAUCACCAAGCGGCCAAUGGUGGUAGACAUGUGCAUCAGGGAGAUCGAGUCCAGAGGUCUUAAUUCUGAAGGACUGUACCGAGUAUCAGGAUUCAGUGACCUAAUUGAAGAUGUCAAGAUGGCUUUUGAUAGAGAUGGUGAGAAGGCGGAUAUUUCUGUGAACAUGUAUGAAGAUAUCAACAUUAUCACUGGUGCACUUAAACUGUACUUCAGGGAUCUGCCAAUUCCUCUCAUCACGUAUGAUGCCUACCCUAAGUUCAUAGAGUCUGCCAUGCUGCUUGGACGUGGAUCAACUUUCCGUAAGAUAAAUCAAACACCAGAGCGAGGCUGCUGUCUUGUUUGGUUCAGCAAACGUUCCAGUCAGUAUCAGUACUUACCCUGAAUGCCCAGACCUUCAGAGUUCACAAACUACCUGUAGCCUGUCAAUUACGCUCCAGGAAUACGGCUUCACAUCAUCGAGGAGUCUGAACUUGGGACUCAAUACUCCUCAGCCAAAAUUUUGGUUUUUGUUUUUUUAAUUAAAGUUGAGAAGAAAAUGGCUCAUUUGCAACAUGUUAUUUCUGUUUCAAAAUUCAUACCUGUAAUUCACAUCUCACCCUUUAAAGAAGGGAAAUCAUAACAGACGUUAGGUGUUGGCAUCACUUUUUUUUUCUUAAAGAAAAGCUAGUCUGUUCCUGUCGUUUUGCUUCUGUCUUUAAACCCAUAUGUCCUCCGUGUAAAUAAUGGCAUCCCUUCCUUGGUAACACAGUGAUUCCUCUGCUUUGCUCCUUCACUUGGACUGUCACAAAGCAGUAACAUCCUUUGUUCUGAGUGCAGUUUCUCCUUCAGAGCUUUUUGUUGACCUUUGAUGGUUAGUUUCCUGGAGCUGUGAUUUCUCCUGGGUCAAUGAGAGAGAUCUCAAUACAGCAUGAGAAAGCCUGAUGAGAAGUUAGAAAACAUGGAUGGUGUAGACACAGUUUCUGUCCUGCCAGGUCCUGUAGGCUCUUCAGCACCAAAUAAGUACACAGAGACAUAUUAAUUAUUAAACUGUUGGCUGAUGACAGCAUUCUUAUCAACUCUCAAUAAUUAACCCAUUUCUAUUAAUCUAUGUGUUGCCACAAGGCUGUGGCUUGCCUAUAGACUGGCAUGUUAGUCCUUCAGCAGCAUGGCUGCUGCUGGAGGCCUCUCUCUGCGUCCCUCCGCCUGCCCCGUUCUCCUCGUCUGGUAGUCCUGCCUAUGCUUCUGCCUGGCUGCUGACCAGUCAGGUGGUGCCUGGCCUGCCUUGGGCAUUAGCUGCUCCCAGUUAGGAUGGCC